CGAUUUCAUCAUCCUUCCAGGCUACCUUGAUUUCAUGGCCUCUGAUGUCAACUUGUCUACACGUCUUACUCGAAACAUCAACCUCAAACUGCCCUUUGUUUCUUCACCUAUGGACACAGUGACCGAAGCAAAUAUGGCAAUUGCUAUGGGUCUCUGUGGAGGCGUCGGAAUACUACACCACAACUGCCCCAUAGAAUACCAAGUCAAGCAAGUACAUACGGUCAAGAAAUAUGAACAAGGUUUCAUUUUGGAUCCAAUCGUUUUGGGGCCGGAUGACACGGUUGAUGACGUCAACCGCAUCCGGUCUGACCACGGCUUCUCUGGCAUCCCCAUUACUUCCACUGGGAAGAUUGGUGGUCGCCUUCUUGGCCUGGUAACUCUGCGUGAUAUCGACUUUCUGCCCGAGGAGUCUAGGCACUGUCGUAUUUCAGAGAUUAUGACACCUUUCGAGGAACUCUACACGGCUCCCAGUGGCAUCACCUUGCCAGAUGCCAACAGGAUAAUGCAGAAGAGGAAAAAAGUGCGUCUGUUCCCUAUCCCAUUUCCUGCCUUCAUCUUUGGUUUCCUCUGGUUCAUCCACUCGCUGCGUAUUAUCAACAGGAAGCGACUUUUGGUUGGCGGCGCGGUUUCUACCCACGCCGAUGGUCUGGAGCGUGCCGCAGCUCUUUUGAAGGCUGGAGUUGAUAUACUCCUUUUGGUGAGCCACUUUGUUGCGCCACUUGUGCAUCCGUCAGAUUGUUUUCCGUUUAUUCUGCUUUGCUUGCUUUGGACGCAUCGACAUCACCGCUAUCAUCUACUUUCCUUUCUUCCCGCAUAA